UUUCAACUCGAACACUCCUCGUCCACUCUUCUGCAUGGUUGUGCUGUGAGUGAGGCACCAUGAGGAAAGACAGGGAUAACCCUCUGGCGCUGUCCUCCAAGAAAGCGUGCCAGGACCAGACGGGCUACGGACAAGAGUUGGAGAGGCUGCGUGCUGAGUUGGAAGCGGAGAGGAAGCUGACGCAGCGGGCCCGUGGACAGCUCGGAGCGGAGCUCAGGCGUCUGCGAGAGAAGGCAGAGAGGCAGCAGCAGAGGUCCGUGAGGGAGCUGGCAGCCAGGCGAGGGUGCCAAAAGGACAGAGAGUCCAGUGGAUAUCUCCUGGCGAAGGACAGCAAGCAUCACACUAAGGGUGAUUCCACGUGGGGAAAGACUUUUAGCUUUUGCAGCAGACAAACGUACACAAAGCUGGAGAAGUUGCUGCUGACUCUGUAUGAGAAGAUAAAUGGUGAAAAAGUGCACCACAGGCAGGAAAUUGAGCUGGAAAAAGCCAUCUUCCUCUGCCACCUUCUAGAAGCACACGGGAGACUGUUACAGGGGACGAAGAGAGCAGGACCCCCCAGCAGUGUUUUCAAAAGCUCCCUGAGGAAGUCAAAACAGGAAGGCAGCAUUAACUCCUGUCCGCCAACACCUCCUCUGUCCUCCUCCAAGCCCCAGAGUGCCUUUCCCUCACCUCAAAGGAAACGCAGCUUUCCUAAUGCAGGCGUGGGGGGCCAGGCGUCCCAAAGCGCUGAGUCCUCCGGGUCCGAUGAGCCAGCACCAUCCAAAUGCAUGACGGCAAACAUGGAGCGAGUGAUGUAUGACCUGUGCACUCGUCCAGAGCAGCCGGAGUCUGCACGGGCACACACAGAGAUGGAGAGCCGUGGGGAGGCUGAGGCUCUCGCCCAACACCAGCAGCAGCAGCAGGAACCGCAGGAUAAGCAGCACAGACUCUCAGACAAGGCCAUCGCAACUAAUGUCACUUCAACAUCCCUGUUAGGAAAAAGGCACCACUCUCUUUAUGCAAACCUCACUGGCUUUGAAUCAGAGGGGAUACGAAAGAACGGCGCCGAUUAUGGGUUUCUGUUGCGGCAGAACUCUGAACUCCUGCGAGCGCUGGAUAUACUGGAGAAGACGUGCAUCACGCUGAGGGAGGAGAAUGGCCUGCUGCGGAAGAGCAGCGCCCCAGAGACCGAGGAGAAGGUCAGGCGACUGAGGAGGAAGAACACAGAGCUGGCUGUUCUGGCAAAGAGGCUGGAGGACAGGGCAAGGAAACUGCAGGAGGCCAACCUCAAAGUGGUGAACUCUCCGUCCCUGCUGAGGCCGGGGUCAGUGGAGCAGUACAAGAGGGCGUUUGCCCGUCAGCGAGCUCGUGACCUCGCGCAGCACGCUGACGUCCUGCUGUCUAAGGACAAGGAGAUUGCAGCUUUGCAGCAGGAGUGCAGGGAGCUGGAGGAACGGCUGGGGACAUCCAAGGCCUCCUCUCUCCCAUCUGGCAGAGUGGAAUUUGAGAAGCUGCUCAGGGAGUCUCAGAAAGAGGUGCUGCGGCUCCAGAGGCAGCUGUCAGUCUCGUCAUGCAGGGGGCAACACGUCCAGAGCUCAGACCAGGACAGGACAGUCGAGGAGGAGGAGGAGGAAGAAAAGGUUGUAGGAGAGACCCCGUGUGUGGCAUUAGAUGAAGCUCCAUCCAGGUGUGAGAAGACUCCCGGAGAGGAGGAGGAGGAGUCCGGGCUGCGAGUGACGCCCCAGCUGGGCCUCCGCCCGACCCCCUCCUACCAGGAGGCUCGCACAGAGGAGCAGCGCCUACACUUUCUGGAAAGCGAGCUGAGCAAGAAGAGAAAAGAAUGUGAAAAUCUCGAGCAUGAAGUAAAGAAGCGACAGAAGAGAUGUCUGGAUUUGGAGAGCCAGCUUGAGGAUGAGCGAGGCAAAAAUGAGCAACUAAAGGAGGAGGCGGAUCUCCUCAGGAGGAAGGCACAGCUGCUCGACCAGACUCGGGCUGAGAAUGAGGAGCUGAGGGAAGAUCUCUCUGAAGUGACCGCUCAACACAAUUCCGUUCUCGAGGAGAACCAGAGACUCCGUGCCAAACUGGAGAACCUAGAGCAGGUCCUAAAGCAUAUGCGAGAGGUCGCCGAGCGAAGGCAGCAGCUGGAAUUGGAACAUGAGCAGGCACUGGCUAUCCUUAAGUUCAAACAGGAUGAAAUCAAACGGUUACAGCGGGCUCAGUUAUUCGCCAAGAGGGAGCAUGAAGGAGUGGUUCAGAUGCUGGAGGAGUUGACGCAGCUUGUGUUGCAGAGGGAGCUGUCGAAGGUCCGGGAGCUGGAGGAGAAAUGCCGCAGCCAGAGCGAACAGUUUGGCCUGCUCUCCCAGGAGCUGGAGAAGUUUCGGCUUCAGGCGUCGAAGGUGGACCUGGCCAGCUCGAGCCUCCUCAACAACCCCAGCCUCUCUGUUCUGACCAACGGGGUGGGCCUGACUACCGAGCGAGACUGCACCGGUGGCACAUUGGAUAUGGUGUCUCUGGGUGAGAUAGCCUUCUGGAGUCUCGAGGGAGGUGACCCUCUCUCCUGCCCUGAGGGUAAUGACCCGCUCGAUGUGGCCGCCGCGCUGCGCCUGGGGGCCACCCCACACGCCGCGGGGCUGUCCAGGGUGGAGCGCUCCCCCGUCACCAAGCACCGAGAGCUGCCCACCAUCAGCGUCAGCAAGUCAGGCUCCACCUCCAGCAAGUCGGAGACCGCCCACCUCACCCCCAAGUCUGACACCCACCUCAGUCCGCACAAGUCCAGCCCGACACACGAGGUGGACACAGCCAGUGAAGUAGAGGAGUUGGACAUCGACGUCGCUCCAGCACCUUACACAGCCAGCAGAGGAGCAGCAAAGCUUCAGGUUUUCAUCGCACGAUACAGCUAUAAUCCUUAUGACGGCCCCAACGAUAACCCUGAAGUGGAGCUGCCGCUCACAGCCGGAGAGUACAUCUACGUGUACGGCGACAUGGACGACGAUGGCUUCUAUGAAGGCGAGCUGAUGGACGGGCGGAGAGGGCUGGUUCCCUCCAACUUCGUGGAGCGCGUGUCGGACGACGACAUGAUGAGCGCUCCCCACCCAGAGACCGGCGACGCGUCCCACAACUCCCUGCUCGACAGCAGCCUGCACAGUGCCAGCCACCAGCAUCACCUCCACCUCCACACGGGGGUCAGCGCCUCCGAAAGGACAGAAGCCUCCGCUGCCUCCGGCCCCGCCUCAGCCCCCUCAGAUCCAGCAUCAGCCUUGGCUGUCCCAGCCCCCCUCACCAACGGCCUGGACUUGGAUUUGGAGGAGGUGGGACUGGACAUUGUGCCUUACCCACGUAAGCUCACCCUCAUCAAGCAGCUCGCCAAGAGUAUCAUCAUCGGCUGGGACCCUCCGCUGGUGCCGGCGGGGUGGGGCAAUGUGUGGAGCUACAAUGUGUACGUGGACCAGGAGCUGCGGCUCAACGUGCCCUUCGGUUCCCAGACCAAAGCGGUGCUGGAGCGGCUGGACAUAAACCUCAAGGCCUACCGGGUGUCGGUGCAGAGCCUGACGGAGAAGGGGCUCUCGGACCAGCUCCGCUGCAGUAUGCUGGUCGGCCGGGACGUUUGUGUGGCGCCCACGCAGCUGCGCGUGGAGAGGGUCACCGCCACAUCUGCCAACCUGACCUGGCUGCCCAGCAACAGUAACUAUGUGCACAUCGUGUCCUUGAACGAGGAGGAGUGUGAGCUGGUGAAGGCUGGCUGCUACUCGCUGUGCCUCAAUAACCUCUUGCCCAGCCUGCAGUACACGGUCAAAGUGGAGGCACGGCCGCACCGCACGCCAUGGGAGCUACCUGUGGAGCGGCGGGAGCACCGGAGCACGACCAUCUCCUUCAGCACACUGAUGGCAGUUCCAAGCCCACAUUCUGGGAAUGAAGGCCCGCCCGAUGCUCCUCUGGAUGUCCAGUUGGAACAUGGUCCGUCUCCGGGGAUCGCUCUCAUCAGCUGGCUGCCGGUCACCAUCGAUGCAGCUGGAACCUCCAACGGAGUUCGUGUGACCGGUUACACAAUAUAUGCUGACAAGAAAAAGGUGCUGGAGGUGUCUUCGCCGACGGCGGGCAGCGCCCUGCUCGGCCCCUCUCAGAUGCAGGUCCUGGGGGAAGCUCAGGAGCUCACCGUGCGCACCACGUCCGCCCACGGGGAAUCCUGCAACUCGCUGCCAGUGAAUGUGCCCUCCAAGCUGGCUGAGAUCAUGGCCGGCCCAGCCACGCCCGUCCCAGUGGUGCCACCCCUGUCCUGCUCCCCCGUUUGUCCCAGUAACUCCCCACAGCCGUCCUACGGGAACUCUGCUGCCAAAGUCUCCAUGCUGCCCAGCACUUUGCCGUCCAUGACACCGUCGCCCGGCCUCACGGUGGAAGCUGCCGCCAACCCGCCUCCGGCUCUCCACCCUGACGAUCUGCUGUCACCUGCCUCGUACGUGAAGGCCUGGGCUGACCCUUCAACUGCUGCUGCCUUGGCGAUGUGUGAGGCCACAUCGCCAGUCGCCUGCGCCAUUACUCCCGUAGUUAAUGUGAUCUCCCCAACAACCUCAGCACCUCAGCUAUCUCCAGUGGCAGUAUCUCAGCUAUCUCCAGUGGCAGUAUCUCAGCUAUCUCCAGUGGCAGUAUCUCAGCUGUCUCCAGUGGCGGCACCUCAACCACCUCCGGUGGCAGCACCGGCACCAGAACCAGCAGUGGCAGUGGCACCUGUGGUGGAUCUGCGCAGAGACACCGACAGCCCCGGGACCAUACGCCCCUUCCCCUCCAUCACAGAGUUCAUCGAGGACCCCAGUGCCAAGCUCGGGACACCAGAGCGCAUCCCCACCCCACCGAAAGCCGCCAUGAUCGACCUCCUCAACCCGCCGGACAUCAACCUCCACCGACCCCCCAGCACUUCUCCACUGGACUCAGAGGCAGAGGAGGAGCAGGAGAGCAGCCGCCUGGUGUCCAUCGAGGAGUUCCUGAGACAGGACCAAGAGCCGGUGUACUGUUUGAGGCAGCCGGGUUAUGGCAGAGGGCUUGUGGAUCCUCCCACUGACUACAACGCAGACAACAGCCGCUCCGACCUGUCCGACAUCUUAGAGGAGGAGGAGGAGGACCUUUACUCUGACCACCUGGGAGACGCACCGGCCAGAGGAUACACAGUCGCAGCCAGCAGGUUGCACAAGUUGGAGCCACCAGACAGUGACGAGGACGUCCUGGAGAGGAUCCUGAAGUUGCCUCCUCAGGUUUACCACAACAAGCAGCUGUUUAGCAUCCCCGAGGUGACGGAGGAGGAAGACAGUAAUCACGAGGAGCCGCUAUCCCACCGCAGCAAACCUCGGCCACGGCCCAACCACCUCCACCCCAGAGACACGGAGCGCCUCCAUCAUGCCCCCCAGCAUCAUCCACACCCACACGUCGCCCCACAUCAUCACCACUACAACAGGGAUGUGAGGUCCCUAACCAAAGAGCCUUUACCCAGACAUGGACCCAUGCAGGUCAAGCCUAGGACGCAGCACAGGGUGCACUACGCAGACACGGUGGACACCAUCAGCUACCCCGAGGAAGACAUGAGUUUGUACGAGGGUCCCACCAGCAGGCGGGUCACGGCCCGCUGUCCUCCCCAGACGACCUCCAACAGCAAAGAUAAAGUACUGCUUCGAGGGCUAGGGGACCGCCUUAGGAGGGAGGCCAUGCUCAGGAGUCAGAUGGCUGUGGCUGCAGCAGCAAAUCCCGGUCAUGGCCUUACCCCGCCAAGAUCCUACCCGGUCAGCAAGACAGUACGGACUCUGAGGUCACCCGUCGGUCGGCAGGUGGAGAUCGACGUGGAGUACGGUACCGACGACAACGAAGAGCCCGCGGAGUACAUCCCCGGGGAGGUGGUGGUGGAGCAGGUGAGCUCCGAGUGGUGGGUGGAGGGGGCUCAAGUGGAGCAGUGCAGAGCUCCUCACCGCCGAGGGCCAAAGGCCGACCUACCGGAUCCCGGCGUAGUCCCUCCAGCCGAGGCAGGUCCGUUGUGGGCAGGCCAAUCAGAGCUCUCCUGCAAGCCGGCGUCCUCGCAGGCCAGCAGGCAGCUUAAAGGAAACGUCGAAUCACCAAAGAUGAAAGCAGAGAGCAACGUACGCAUCUUUGUGGCCCUCUUCCCGUACGACCCGGCCAGCAUGUCACCCAAUCCCGACGCCGCGGAAGAGGAGCUGCCCUUCAGCGAAGGACAGAUCAUCAAAGUCUACGGCGAUAAAGACGCAGACGGGUUCUACCGGGGGGAGUCGGCCGGUCGCCUCGGCUACGUGCCGUGCAACAUGGUGUCUGAGAUCCAGGUGGAGGACGAGGAGACCCGGCAGCAGCUGCUGCAGCAGGGCUUCCUGUCCACGGUGGCCUCCAUGGAGAAGAUCGGCACUCGCACACACGCACAGCUUCCACGUCGCCCCGUCCCACCGCCGAAACCGAGACGAUCCAAGAAAGUGGAGUCUGCAGCACUCUGGGAGGAGAGCGAGAGCUCCUCCGCUCAAGAUCCCGGCCAGUCUGCUGCUCCGGCCCCUCCUGCCGGUGGCGCCGCCGCCGCCCCUGCUGCUCCGCCCGUGGGAAACUCCGCCUCUGGAGCCCGCAGGAUGGUCGCCAUCUUUGAUUAUGAUCCUCGGGAGAGCUCCCCCAACACUGACAUAGAGGCUGAGCUGACCUUCAGUGCAGGAGACAUCAUACAUGUGUUUGGAGACAUGGACGAAGACGGCUUCUUCUACGGGGACCUGAACGGACACAAAGGUUUAGUGCCCUCCAACUUCCUGCAGGCCUUACCGGAAGAUGCUCCCGUGUGCGCCCCGCCUCCACCCGAACCCAAGAAAGACUCUCAGGACACGCUGGCUUCGUCCACUGAGCCGCAGGAUCCUGGAACUUCAACUCUAGACGAGGAUCUGCAGCUCCAGACCGAACACCCUUCAUCUGAAGCUACAGAGAACGCGGAGCCGCGAUCCCAGCCGGCCCCCGCCGCCAGCCCCCCAUCAGACCCGGUCCCCGGCCCGGUGGAGGACCGCCGCCCCCCUCCUGCUCCGCCCCGCCCCGCAGACCCCCCGCCACAGACAGACUGCUCCGUGCAAGCCAAGAAGAAGAAAGGCUUUUUCUCCAAAGGCAAGAGGCUGUUCAAAAAACUGGGAUCCAGUAAGAAAGAAUGAGAACCCCCCCCCCCACACCCCCACCUGUGUCACGCUGAAAGCACUUUUCCUGUCGGUGGGUUAGCGAGGAGCCGUCAGAUCUAAUACCCGAUGCUCGGUCCUCAGUAGAUUUCAUCCAUUUGCCUUAGAGCACUGCUAGACCGGCUGGCAGACGUAGAAGCGCUCGGCUUGCAGCAUGUAGACGUGCACGUUGACGUGAGCAAACUCACAGGUAUAACCUCCAGAAACUUCCUGAUUAUCCACGCAUUCGCAAUAUUUCAGCUCCGCAAAGGCACCAAUGCUUGAAAACACUUAGUCAUAGACCAGUGGAGGAUAUUUAUGUAGAGAAACGGGACAGUUAUGUAAGAGCAGGGCUCAGAAACGGCUCAUUGAAUACUGAGCGCUCGCGUACUCGUGCCACUUUAUUUCUUAGAAGAAGCCGCAGUCCGUCUCUUCCACUGAACGAAUGCACUAUUCAUCCUCAGAGGGUGUAUUUAAACGUCUGCUUCCCACUCCUCUUUCCUGUCCUCAGUAUUUAUCUAGUUUGUUGUACAGCUGUUAUUUAUUUCUAUCAGACACAAAGGCCUGCCCUUUGUGUGUUCUGUUUUUUGUGCGCGCGCGUACGUGAACAAGCGCGCUGGUGUAAACGAAGUCCAGUGGUGAGACUGAAAACUGAUGCCUUUCUCAGACACGACCACAGGAACUCUCCACGCUCGUGACGGCAGUCCGCGACGCAUUACACACGACGUAUGGUCUCUGGGUGUGUGUGUGUGUGUGUGUGUGUGUGUGUGUGUGUGUGUGUGUGUGUGUGUGUGUGUGUGUGUGUGUGUGUGACAGAAACCUGCAGGGUUUCAGGGACAAACUGGAGAUUAGAGAGGACAGUCGAGCCGCAACCACUGAUCUCAAUCACCAGUUAAUCUUUGGGACGCUUGUAUUCAAAUAAUGAGAAAUGAUUCUUUUUCUAAAUGAAGAGAAAACUUUGUUUUUCUCCCGUCACCAGAUUUAAGCAGACUUUGUAUGAAAGAGUAAACUUUUGACAGUCUACAAGUUUCACUUGAAUAAGAUCAAUAACAGCAUCUGGAUUUAUUGUCAGCCAUUCUCUGUGAAAGACAAAGCCCAAAACGUUGUUUAUUAUAAAAAGUCUGAUAAAAACUGAGCUUUUUCCCUCCGAGUGAAUGAAAACUGUCUGGAUUUAACAGACACAAGACACUCAUUUUCUUUUUAUUAUAUAAAACUGAUAAGUUUUAGGUAUUUUUUUCUUUAAUUGGAAUUCUCUAGAUAUGUAUUUUUCUAUAUACAGUCCUCAUAACUGUAUAAACAUGAAGCAGACUGUCUUCCCAACAUGUGACACACAUUUCAGAAAACCUGAAAAAAGUGAAAAAUUGGAUUUGUGGUUGAUGACGUUCAGGAAGAGUCUGAGCAGGACUUCAUAUCUGGACUCAAAGGAUUUUCCGUAUUGUUUUUUCUGUUUAUUUCAUGAAGACGCUUGAAUUGAAGCAGUCACGUAUCGAUCCUUCCUGCUCGGCCGUCAGGAUCAGCUGUUGAACUGAGCGGUGGUUGCCGCUCGUCUUCCUUCGCUCUGCAGAUGUGUAGUUUUGACUCGACAGCUCGACGCUGCAGCGCCCGCCCCUGAUUCUCGGUGGUUGGAGUGUUUGAAAAGCAGCUCUGUUUCCUCCGAUUGGCUUCAGCUUGGCACCUGAGGAUACGGCUCGUUGUGCGGUGCAGUGAGGGAACGUGAGCAGCGGCGGCGUUGGCGGCGGCAGUGAUCCGGUUCCGCUCUCGGUGCGAUCUGGAUCUUCUCAGGUUUUCACUUGUAGUUCCUCCCGGCUGCCGAUCCGCGGCGGGAAAGCAGCCGGACAUGCCAAAACGUUUAGGUGCUUCGCCCGUUACCAUAGAGACCAAGACUCCCCCCCCCUCCUCCAACCCCCGCAGUAGACCCGAGCCCCCCAGAGCGGAAACUCUCCAAAUGUCAUGAAUGUGUCCGUGUUACAUAAAGGGAGCAAGACGAUGCCAAGAAUGAGCGGCGAGGGCGCAUUUUCAGACACUUUAGAUGUAAAGUAGCCGGGAAAGAGGCAAGACUGAGGCUGUGCUCUACGGUUCCUCUUAUUUAUGUUUUUGUUGUUGUUUUAUUUUAUUUAUUUAUUUUUUUUUUAAGUUCAAAAGUUGCCGAAAUGUACAGCGAAUCUUUGUACUGAUCUUGUAUUUACGGCCUUCUCGCGCACACGUACUCCUCGACCUGCCGUGUAGUCACCGAGUAGGACCUCGACCCGCGUUUAGUUUUAGCCGAGCCGAUCUCGUUUAGCCUUACACCAAGACCUUGAUUUAGUCUUAACACGUUGUUUACAGGAUGUUGAUGGACUGCAUGCAUACCAAUGUCACUCCCAUGUUCGGCCUUAUUUCUGUUGCUGUUACAUUUCUGUUCUUCUGGGCUGACCUGAGUGUUGAUGCAGUGGAGGAGAAGCUGUAGGAGCUGAGAGUGUGUGUGUGAAUGAGUGUGUGUGUGUGUGUGUGUGUGUGUGUGUGUAUAAAUGAACAGUGUUGAACUUGUGGUAUAUUUUCAUACAGCGCAGGAACUUUUUUUUUCUCUCUCUCUCUGUCCUGAUCUGCAUUUAUGUUUGGAACCAGUGUAAGAUUGACCUUUUUAUAUUCUAUACGACUCUUUUUCUUACUCUUUUUUUUUUUUUUUUUUUUUUUUUUUUUGGAUGUGUAAAUAUUUUUUGUUAAUAUUAUUUUGCAGGCAUCUUUUUGUUGUUGUCGUCGUCUUUGUUGCAUGUGCGGGCCGUGUGGACGGAGCGACCGAGUGUGAAGACGUAGAGCGCAGAGGACUCAUUGACUUGAACAUGUGAUGGUUUGUUUCAUUAUGGAUCUUUUUACAGGAAUAAAGUAUGUAUAUUUUCAC